ACAGGCAGCAAUCUACCCCUGGGCAGGGGUCUCGGGCAACAGGCGGCAACCUACCACUGGGCAGGGACCUUGGGCAACAGGCGGCAACCUACCCCUGGGCAGGGGUCUCGGGGACUCAACGGGACUCUAGCUGUGGAGUCUGGCCUCAGCACAGCUCCCACCCAGCUUUCUAGGGACAUUGGGUUCACGGGGACUCACAGGGCAGUGCAUAACCCAGGUGGUCUGUGCGCACAACAGGGACAGUUGAGGACACAGGUGGUCAGUGCACACAGGGGGGCAGUUCAGAACACGAGUGGUCGGUGCACACAGCAGGCACAGUUCAGGACACAGGUGGUCAGUGCACACAACAGGGACAGUUCAGACAAUGGGUGGUCGGUGCACACAGCGGGGACAGUUCAGGACACAGGUGGUCAGUGCGCACAACAGGGACAGUUAAGGACACAGGUGGUCAGUGCGCACAACAGG